AUGGACGGGACGGAAGGAAACGCCUCGCAGCCCUGCGCGGCGGAGCGGUCGCAUCGCAGCAGCGUGUCCUCCGUGGGAGCCCGAGGGGCGGACGUGCUGGUGUACCUGGCAGAUGACACUGUGCUGCCCCUGGCCGUGGAGCACCUGUCCUCACUCAGCGCCCACGAGCUGCACCGAGCUGUCCGCGAGGCCCUGCAGCUGCCAGACGUCGCCCUGGACGCCUUCGCGCUCUGGCUUGUCUCCCCUUUGCUGGAGGUGCAGCUCAAGCCCAGACACCAGCCCUACAAGUUGGGCCGCCAGUGGCCAGAGCUGCUGCUGCGCUUCACUGAUGCCCCGGACGACGAUGUGGCCACGGACGAGCCGUCCCUGCAGUUCCGGAGGAACGUGUUCUUCCCAAAGCGGCGGGAGCUGCAGCUCCACGACGAGGCGGUCCUGCGGCUGCUGUACGAGGAGGCCAAGGGCAAUGUGCUGGCCGCGCGGUACCCCUGUGACGUGGAGGACUGCGAGGCCCUGGGCGCCCUGGUGUGCCGCGUGCAGCUCGGGCCCUACCAGCCCGGCCAGUCGGCCGCCUGCACCCUGAGGGAGAAGCUGGACUCCUUCCUCCCCGCCCACCUCUGCAAGCGGGGCCAGGGGCUGCUGGCUGCCCUCCGGGGCCGCGGGGCCAGGCCCGUGCCGGGCGAGCAGGGUCUGCUGAACGCCUACCGCCAGGUGAAGGAGGCGCUGGGUGGCGAGCGCGAGGCCCCGCUCAGCACGCACCACCGCGCCUACCUCCUCAAGUGCCACGAGCUGCCCUUCUACGGGGCUGCCUUCUUCCAUGGCGAAAUUGACAAGCCAGCCCAGGGCUUUCUGCACCGGGGCAGGCGGAAGCCCGUGUCCGUGGCCAUCAACCUGGAAGGCGUCCACGUCAUCGACAGCAGGGAGAAGCACGUGCUGCUGGGCCUGGGCUUCCAGGAGCUGUCCUGGGACCACACCUCGCCCGAGGAGGAGGAGUCCGUCCUGUGGCUGGAGUUCGACGGGCACAGCGAGGGCACGCCGGUCAACAAGCUGCUCAAGAUUUAUUUUAUUCGUGCCGAGCUGAUGAGCAGCCUCAUCGAGUACUGCAUCGAGCUGAGCCAGGCUGCAGAGCCCGCCGCCCCCCAGGGGAGCGCCGCCCCAGCGCCGGGCUGCCCGCCAGCUCCCCCCCCGCGCCCCCAGCUGCGGAGGCAGGACAGCGUGGUGUGCAGCCGCCUGCAGCACCUCUCCACCAUCGACUACGUGGAGGACGGUGACCACAUCAGGCGGGUGAGACCGAAGCGGACCACGUCCUUCUUCAGCCGGCAGCUAUCCGUGGGCCAGGGCAGCUACACCGUGGUGCAGCCCGCUGACAGCCUGGAGCAGGGCUGAGGCGGCAGUGCGGGCCGGAGGUGGACUCCCGCACCACCCAGACCGGGCCUGCACUGCCCUCCUGCGGACACAGGGCGGGGGACUACCUCAUGGCCGGACAGCUGACUUCUGGGCCUGGAACCAGGGCUGCGCUGUGCAGAGUUGACCUGGAUCCUGCGGGACCCCUUUGCCACUAAACGCCCUCCAGGCUCUGGGCCCCGCUGCUCUCUCAGAACCAUCUGGCCAGUUCUUCCCACCCAGGGACGUGCCUUUGUGCCCCUCGGGACAGGCGGCAUCCCCUGCUCUGCAGGCCCAGGCAGCUCUGACAGCAGGUGGCUGACCCCAGGGCUCUGCUGUCCCCUGGACUGUGGUGAUCAUGUCACAUCCCACCGCAGGCUGUGCUGGGCCACUUUCUUGGGGGCAGGAGCCACACCUCUCCCUUCCUGGCUGGAGGGAACUAGGGGAGCUAGGCAGGCCCCCCACUCAGACCUGUCCAGCAGGGGACACGGCUAGGAAAGCGCCUUCUGCCAGGCUUGGGUUGGGAGGGGCUGUCCCUGGGCCUGCUCUGUCAUGCCUGUGGCUGUGGAGCUGCUUGAGGAAGGCCCCAGCCUCAGCGGCUGCCCUCCUGAGGAGUGCAGUGGCUACUCCUGGGCCCCACUGGGCAGACAAGUCCCACACCAGGCCCUCCCCCUGGGACAUGGCGGGAAGCUGGACCCCCCAGCGAGGGCCUGCCCAACCCUGGCUUCCCCUCGGGCUCCUCCCAGCUCUGGGAUGGCCACAGGCAUUGAAGGGCUCUGCUUUGUCUCCUGGUGGGGGUGGGGAGGAAGUAUAACCUGCUUCUCCGGGGCCAGGCCCACCCCUGCUUUGAGACAGUGCUCCCGGUGUCCUGAGCCCGCUUACCUUCGGCAAGUAGGGACUGUGUUUUUAUCAUCAUGAAGGGGAUCGCCAGUCUCUCUGAAUGUCCCCGCGGUGGACAUCUGGCCGUCUGGAGGCAGGGACUCUGCCAGCCUCCCAGCCCGAGGGCCCUGUCUCCCUCGGGACGGUGCCGGCUGCAGGCUGGCUGGGCGUGCAAGCGGGGGGUCCCCAGGUGCAGCCUCCCUGCUCUUCGGCCUCCCCUCUGUCUCCUUCCCUGCGGCCCUGGGGAGCGAGGCCUGGUUUCACCAAGUGCCCUUGAAUAUUCUCACUCUUUUUGUAUCAUGUGACCUAAUAGAAAUAAAAUAGGUUUCCAGCAAACUUCAGG